AUGGCCGUCGCGGGCCUUCGGCAGCGCGUGCUGGCCCUCAAGAUAUAUCUAUCCGAGGGUCGGUCCAAUGUGGUACUGGAUCAGCUCGUGGCUUUGGCCGAAGCUUGCGCCGGGGUUCGGCUUGUCGACACGUUUCGCGACAAGCCCUAUCACCGUUCGAGUCUCACCCUGUUGAGUGACUCGAGCCCUGCUCUGGCCGAAGCUGCCGGAGUGAUCGGGGCCAAUGCUUGCAAGCUUAUUGAUAUGGAGUCACACGUGGCCUCCCACCCGCGUCUUGGCACCAUCGAUCAUAUUUCCUGCCAUGACGUCACGGCCGUGGCGGAAGGCACUAGCCUCGUCGGCGUGGGGCACUCAGAGCAGGCGAUUCAGCUCGUUCACGACGUUGGCGCGUCCAUCGCGGCACAGGCAGUCCCCGUUUAUCUCUAUGGACCCGCUCACCCAAAACAACGACAAUUGGUGGAUCUGCGGCGAGCUCUUGGGUACUUUGAUCGCACAACUCCACAGGGAUGGUGCGGCAUCCCUCCUACUCUUGCGUCCGCCCUACAGUCACUGCCUCCUGAUGUCCGGGCCAGCUCUGACAGUCAGCUGAGGCACGGCGUGUGCACCGUGGGAUCCGGUCCUUGGACCACCGGCUUCAACAUUGCACUCUGCACAUCUUGCACUGAAGACGAGCAGGAGGCCGCGCUAGCUGCUGUUCGUCGCCCAGGCUUGGUCCAGGCUAUGCUACUCCCUCACGAUGGUCAUGUGGAGUUGGCCUGCAACCUGCUAGAUGCCGAUCACCAUGGGCCCAUAGACGUUCUGGAAACGCUCCAGAAGCAUCAUUUUCGAUACGACUUCUCCUAUGUUGUGGGGGUACAACCCUCGAAAUUUGUUCAACUAUUUCAAGGCCACGAGGCCGCGCCCGUGGACACAUGCAUUUAA